AUGCCUGUACAUUUACUCGAGGUGAAUCAGGUGAUGCCUCUGGGCUACACAAACAACUUAGCUGGUUGUCACUUGGUAACAUUUGCAAACCGAUCAAUCUUUACUUUCAGGAUAAACGAUGAAAACAGAUGCAUUUUGUCGUUUCUCUUUGACGAAAAUACAAGCCAGAAUGGAUUUUCACAGUGUACAGCAUACAAAUUUAAAGGGGAAUGUGGAUCAGAUGCCAUAUACAACAGAUACUCUGGGAACUGUGUUAAAUGUUCACCAAACUGUGAAUGUAAAGACUGCCAAGAUAUUCGUCUUAUCCAUGGUGACGUCACAGGACAACACUCUCUGAAGAUAGAUGGCAGAACUGUUUCUGUUUGGUGCGACAUGGAUACAGAUGAUGGAGGAUGGCUUGUUAUACAACGUAGAUUGGAUGGGUCUUUGAAUUUUUAUCGGGGAUGGAACGACUACAAGAACGGGUUUGGAAGUCCCAGUGGAGAAUUUUGGUUAGGGUUAGAGGAUCUACAUGCCAUCACGUCUCAGGGCGGAUACGACCUCCGAAUUGAUAUGAAAUACAACAGUCAGUCCUUCUAUGUCCAGUAUUCAGACUUUACAAUAGCACCUGAAAGUGACAAUUAUAGAAUGAGCUAUUCUCUCUUUAAGGCAGGGAGCACAGGCAACGAUUUGAGCUGGCAUAACGGACAACCCUUUACUACGUUUGAUCGAGAUAACGACGCAAAUGAAGAAAAAUAUGACGACCCAAACUGCGCAACCGCAUUCUACGGGGCCUGGUGGUACGCUAGCUGUCACAACUCAAACCUUAACGGGCAUUAUGGGAACACAUCUUUCGGUAAAGGCAUUAACUGGAAUCAUAUAACUGGUUACUACUCAUCGCUGUCCAGAGUGGAAAUGAAAAUCAAGAAGCAACAAGGGUCAUAA